AUGGUGGGAAAGGGAUUUCAGACGCUGCAGACUACCCACAAGUACACUCUUGAGGAUGUUUGUAAGCAUGUCGGUCCGCGCCCCCUAAAGGUUUCCACAAUGUGCUCGGGCACCGAAAGCCCUUUGCUCGCCUGGGACAUGAUUUCAGAUUGCAUCCAGAAGAGAGAGGGUGGUCUUGAGUUGAAGUACGAACAUGUCUUCAGUGCGGAGAUUGUUCCAUUCAAGCAGGCCUACAUUGAGCGCAACUUUCGCCCUCCUAUCAUCUUCAGGGACAUCACCGAGAUCACCAGAGCCGAAGAGGGCAAAGAGGGUAAAAAGGCCACAGCCACUACCGCAUACGGUGCCAAAGUCGAAAUCCCUGGUGAUGUGGAUAUGGUGAUCGCUGGUACCGCUUGCGUCGAUUUCUCCAACCUAAACAACAACAAGAAGACUCUGGAGGAGCGCGGCGAAUCUGGUGACACAUUCGCUGCCGUUCUUGCAUAUGCCAAGAAAUAUCGCCCGACUAUGCUCGUUCUGGAGAAUGUCUUUGGCGCACCAUGGGACAACAUGCUGGCCGAAUACGAAAAGUAUCGAUAUGUCUCGGCUGGAGUUCUUGUUGAUAGCAAGAACUACUAUCUGCCGCAAACCCGCCAACGAGGCUACAUGGUCUGCAUUGACAAGGACAAGCUGGAGGCGUGCAACAUUGACCCUGCUGCUUUCAAGGAAAACUUCUAUGAGAGAAUGGCGGACUUCAGAAGGCCAGUCAGCUCACCCUUCUCAUCGUUCAUCUUGCCCAAUGACGAUCCUUUGGUCACCCGUGCAAGCCAGUCAAUGGCUCGUCAGUCUCUGCUUGACGCUUCGCUCAGGGAGGUCGAUUGGGCCAAGUGCGAGAUCCGCCACAUCAACUAUCGCAGAGAUAAGGUGCUGGGUAUUUCUCGCCCUGUGACAAACUGGCAAGAGAGUGGCACACUUGUUCUGCCCGAGAACUGCAACCGUCUCUGGUUCGGCAAACAAGUCGAGCGUGUCUGGGACUUCGUGGAUAUGUCACAGCUUCGUAAGGCUAACAUGGUCCUCGGCAAGGAAGACCGCAAGACUGGAAUCACACCUGACCCUCUUCCCGGUUAUGAUGCCCAGUACAAGACUCGCAUCUGGGAUGUCUCCCAAAACAUCGAUCGCUUCACCGAUGGUGCACCCUUCGGUAUCGCCCCCUGCCUGACUCCUUCCGGCAAUUUUUACAUUACGGACAGAGGCGGUCCCUUGACCUUCACCGAGAGUUUGAUGCUUCAAGGUCUGCCUUUGGACAAGAUUUCUUUCACCACCGAGACCGAGAGAAACAUCCAGGAUCUGGCGGGUAAUGCCAUGAGUACCACAGUGGUUGGAUCGGCCAUCGCUUCUGUUCUCAUUGCGGGCUUUAGGACGCUGCCACAGACGUCUGGUCAUCAGAUCGAGACCAAGGAAGCUGCUUUCCAAAGUGUCAUCGCCUCACUUGAAGAAUUGAAGGUCGACCGAAGUUCCCAGGCGACAUCAGGACGUAUCGAUCUACACGAACUUCGGGCUGAUGCCUCCAAGUCAGCCGCGAUGUGUGUCUGUGAAGGACAGAUUGGUCUAUCUGAGGCGCCUAUCCAGAUCUGCAAGGAAUGCGGUCACAGCUCUUGUCUUGUAUGUGGCGUCAAGCCUAGCCACGAUUAUGUAGAACCAUGUCAAAUCGAGCGUGGCCGCCCAGAGGCUUUCAUUCAGAAGUGGAGGUCUCGCAUUCCGAUGAUUUUGAACACAAAGAAGAGACCCAAGGACGACCCUAACAAGAAGAGGUACACCUCAGCAAUCAGAGAAGCCCUCACACAUCCUCUGACAUUCAAGACCUUCAGAAGAACAUCUUCUUGGAUCAUCAUCUACGAGUCCUUGUUCGCCCGCCUCGAACUUGUAUUAGGUGCGCAGACAUGUGAGUGGAAGCUGUAUGCAAAGCCUGGAGACGAGCUCAGCGGUGAAGAUGAGAUUCGCAAGUUCUUCGGAGAGCCUGUGGGUAUAGCUCCGGUGACACAAGGUGCUUUUCUCGGGUCCGAGUGGAAAUGGCGCCUUCUCAAGGAAGCCAACCCUCCACCCGGCAAGGGAGCCGGCAGUCCAACCAGCCAACUGCUCAUUAAAGGCCAGGGUGAGCAGGUACCCUCUUGGGCUGCCCGUCUUGGUCUGCCCAGACAUGCAAACGAACGCGUUUGGUCCGAGCUGAACAUCAAGUCCAGCAGCAACUCUGUUCUUCCCGCUGGUAUCAGAGGCACUUACAAGCUCCUUCGUGACUGCGGCACCGCUUGUGAGUCUCUGUACAAGCGCGCCGAGCCGGUUGAAGGUCCUGAUAUGUUCUUGUUCCUCGACCCUACACGUAUUGGCAAUCCCGAAGACGACCGCUUUGUCUUCGCUCGUGACCACUCCAGGCUACAGUACGACCAGGUCAGAGAGGUUGCCGCCACAAUCAAUGCAGCUUGGCGUCCCGAGAUGCAAACAGACGCUUUCUCGUGCACUGAAAUCACACUGAACGGCCAGUGGGUCGACGGGAGUUCCUGCUCGCUUGAAGCAAUGAACGUGAGCUCAGAACUUCGUCUCCAGCGCUCAUCUCUGGACUCAGAUUGUGGCGUCACAAAGGCAUUGGUUUCAUUUAAGUUUGACUUGCCCUCCUCGAUUCCUCACCAUCGCUACCAAGGCGAAAACCGUAUUGAACCGGAUGAUGAAGCCUUUUUUGCCGCUUAUGGAUGGGCCUUGGAGCCUCUUCGCCAGAGUUUGAAAGUUUCAGGUACACAAGGCCUGCGUGCAAACUCUGAUUGUGAGCCAUGUGCGCCUGCAAUUCCUGAAGUCCGAUUUCGAGUAGUUGCAAAGCCGAACAAUACCGAGUUCCACCCGUACGAAGACCCAAAGACCGCUACGGACUACGAGGUUGCCAUCAAGUCUCGUCCUCGACCUUUCAUCAUUGAGUGCGACAUAUCAAACAAUUCAGCCGUUCUGAACAUUGGCUUAAACGCCACCACAAUGUGUCACAGAGCUGCUGGCAAGCUCAAGACGCUGGCUGGAUCAGUUGGCUCCGUGUCCUGGAAGCUCGACACGGCUUGGGUCGACGAAGCAGCUACGAAGUUCCCGCCUUUUACGCUCCGCAACAAUAGCGAUAACGUGCCAUUCAAUGCUAUCGAGAAGAUCUUGAACGGAAUCGAGCUUUACGACAUUCAGAAGAGGUCGCUCACUUGGAUGAAGGAGCAAGAAGGAGGCAAUGGCCGAUCAUUCGUAAUCAAGGAGAUCGAAGAGGCUCUGCUUUCUCAGCUCGGUUGGCGUCUUGAGUCUAGUGCUUCUACCAAAGUCCAUAUCAAGGGCGGUGUUCUUGCUGAUCACGCUGGAUUUGGCAAGAGCAUCACUUCGCUCGCACUGGUCCAAUCCGAGUUUGAGGAAAAGACUAGACACGGCAUCUUGGAGGAUGUGCAUGGAGCAGCGGCUGAGCCACAGCUUAUUCCCAUUGCUGCAACACUGAUUAUUUGCCCCCAAAACCUUGUCGAUCAAUGGGAGAUGGAAGUCAAGAAACUCAUCCCCAUGAAGCAUGAGUCAGAGGUUGUCAUCAUCAAGACCAUCGGCGAGUUGUUGAAGCAGAAGAGGGAGUGUUUCGAGAAAGCCAAGAUCAUCAUUCUGGACAAGAGAGUUCUCCAGCUCAGUUCGGAUUAUCUCAAGCAACUCGCAAUGUUUACUGCAAUGCCUAAGUACACCGGCAGGAGCAAUCGAGCUUUGCAGCUCUAUCUCCGUGAGGCUACUUCCCGAAUCCCGGAACAUCUUCGCAUUCUUGGAGUUGGAGACAGUCAAGGCGCCAGAAAGCUGCAGAAGCAUCUCACGAAGUUGUACGAGGAGACUUUGCAUGAUCCGAGCUACCGUGAGUAUGCGAAGGAGUCGAAGCGACUCAAAGGGAAGGCCUACGCCAAGCGUAAGAAAGACGACUCUGCGGCCUCAGGUCUUGCGAAGGAGAACAUCGACGAAGAACGCAAGUACAAGGCUGAAGAUAAAUACAUGCUUUUGGAGAUGUUCCAUUUCAACCGCUUAGUCGUCGAUGAGUUCUCAUACACAGAAUCGCAUGAGCUCAUGAUGUACUGCAAUCUAAACGCGUCCAAGCGUUGGGCUCUCUCAGCCACGCCUCGACUCAAGGACACUUACGAUGUCUCAAGAAUGGCACUGUUCCUUGGCAUUAGCUUGCCGAUUGGUGCCAGUGCUCCUGGACUCCUCUCGAGUGUGAAUAUGUCAGCUCUGCGCAAGGAUUUGACAAAUGUGGAGCAGUUCGAAACCUUCAGAGAGAUGCCUUCACGCACCACGCAAGAAAGCAUUCACAACCUUGCCCAAGAUUUCCUUAACACGUUCGUUCGCCAGAAUCUGAUGAGACACGACCAAUAUCCAUACGACGAUCAAAUCAUCCCCAUCGCCUUAUACGCUGACAACCGUCUGAUCUACACCGAUCUCUCACAGAAGUUCAAUUCUCAGGACAUGAGAAUUCGCAAGGGUCGCAACAAGGCAGCCGACCUCAGCAUCAUGCCCAAAGUCACCACUGCAGAAGAAGCUUUGUUGUGCACUGCCGCCAUCUACGACCCUCUGAAGCAACUGCCACCGGGCACUGUGCAGGAUAAUGUCAGCUCAGGACUUGAAGCUCUCGUCAAGCGGUGCGAGAACGAGUGCAACACAGCCCGAGAGUCACUUCGAGGAAAGAUUAAAGUCUGUAUUAAAAACUCCGGCAAGUCGAAGCUGUUUUCCAAAUGGGUCGACGAUGUGAUGGCCACCAACGCUUUUGGCGACAGAGCUGUGGCUGAAGAGAUAGAGGAGAUGGCUAGAGCAUCACCUGCUGUGAUAGCUGCUGAGAAAGCUGAAGCUAAGUCGAAAAAGAGAAAGCUGGCAGAAGCUCUCACCGAGGACACGGCUGUCAGCCAUGCUAAGACCUAUGUCUCGUCUACAAGGGCUCUUCGUUUCGUCAAUAAUGCUCUGAAGCAUGAGAACCGCCACCAACUUGAUUGCGAUGGUUGGGAGUGCAGCAACACCAUUGACGAGUCAUGUAACCUUCAGGUCUCGGCAAACUGCGGUCACACCUUGUGUUCAGACUGCAUCGAGGCCAGCAAGAAUUUGCUCGGCAUCUGUCCUGUCGACGGAUGUGAGAAGGAUGUCAAAUCUUAUCAUCUUCUCGAACUGAGCAAGCUUGGACAGUCGGUUGUCAGUGAAUAUGGCAGUAAGGCCGAUGGACUCGUCAAAUUGCUCGAGGAUAUUGCGACUCGAGGACAGCAAGCAAUCUUGUUUGUGCAGUUCGCCCAUCAGAUCGAAGACAUGAUCAAGAUCCUUGCUGCUGCCAAGAUCAGCUAUCAUGAUCCCACAGGCAUCAAGAACGAUCCUUUCGGGGCCUUCACCGGCAUCUAUGGCGCCAACAAGGCUAGAAAGGGCCAGAAGGGCAAGCAGGAUCAUAAGAAGGAUCAAAAGAAGGACGAAAAGUUGCCCACGGUCUUGAUUUUGAACUCGAACGAUGAGACUGCUGCAGGUGCCAAUUUGACUUGUGCCAACCAUGUCAUCUUCUUCAGCCCUUUGCUAAAACGCACUCAAUACGAGUACGAGGCACAGAUGGCUCAGGCCAUUGGACGCGUCCGUCGACCAGGUCAGGACAAUGAUGUCCACGUAUACCGCUUGGUCUCCCUCGAUACUAUUGACGUCGACAUCCUCGAGCAUCGUGAACAUCGAACAACUGUCUUGCCUGAGUAUCAGGAUUCGAACCUCAAGAAGAAGCGCACUCCUGGCACAAACUUCAAGGCCAACUUGGUCAAGCCCCAGAAGACGCAGUUGAUCCGCGAUCGCAAUGGCGAGUACAAGCUCGUCCCUCACCAGAUGCUUCUCGCUGCUGGAGGCAAGGGCGUCGUGGAAGGAAACGAUCGCGUUUUGGGAUACGAAAAGUUCAACUCUUUGAUUAAGUUCUCAUCCGGCUUCAUUCAGGAUGACUGA